AUGCCCUCGCGUGUGUGGGACUAUGAGGUGCUCUUCACCAUCGGCUCAGGCUCCUAUGGCCGCUGCCAGAAGAUCCGGAGGAAAUCCGACGGCAAAGUGCUGGUGUGGAAGGAGCUGGACUAUGGCACUAUGGGAGACAGUGAGAAGCAGAUGCUGGUGUCCGAGGUGAACCUCCUGCGGGAGCUCAGACAUCCAAACAUCGUGCGUUACUAUGACCGCAUCAUCGAGCGCUCCAGCAGCACGCUCUACAUCGUCAUGGAGCACUGUGAGGGAGGAGACCUGGCCACCCUCAUCAGCCAGAGCAUCAAGGACAGGCGGUACCUGGAGGAGUCGUUUGUGGUCCGGGUCCUGGUCCAGCUCACCCUGGCCCUGCAGGAGUGCCACAGACGCAGUGACAGUCGGGCCACAGUUCUGCACAGAGACCUGAAACCUGCAAACAUCUUUCUGGACAGAAAACAAAACGUGAAACUCGGAGACUUUGGCCUCGCACGCAUCCUCAACCACGACACCAGCUUCGCCAAGACCUUUGUGGGGACGCCAUACUACAUGUCCCCUGAGCAGAUGAACCGUAUGUCGUACAAUGAGAAGUCGGACAUCUGGUCCCUGGGCUGCCUGCUGUACGAGCUGUGUGCGCUCUCACCUCCGUUCACCGCCUUCAACCAGAACGAUCUGGCAGAGAAGAUCCGCGAGGGACGCUUCAGGAGGAUCCCCUACAGAUACUCAGAGGAACUCAACUCUCUCAUCUGCAACAUGCUCCAGCUCAAGGACUAUCUGCGUCCCUCUGUGGAGUCCAUCCUUCAGAGCAGCCUGCUGUCGAAAGCAUUGUCUGAGGAGCAGAGGAAGGACCAGGAGAAGACCAGGGAGAGGAACCAGGAGAAGACCAGGGAGAGGGACCAGGAGAAGACCAGGGAGAGGGACCAGGAGAAGACCAGGGAGAGGGACCAGGAGAAGACCAGGGAGAGGGACCAGGAGAAGACCAGGGAGAGGGACCAGGAGAAGACCAGGGAGAGGGACCAGGAGAAGACCAGGGAGAGGGACCAGGAGAAGACCAGGGAGAGGGACCAGGAGAAGACCAGGGAGAGGGACCAGGAGAAGACCAGGGAGAGGGACCAGGAGAAGGCCAGGGAGAGGGACCAGGAGAAGACUAGGGAGCGGAACCAGGAGAAGACCAGGGAGAGGAACCAGGAGAAGACCAGGGAGCGGGACCAGGAAAAGACCAGGGAGAGGGACCAUGAGGAGACCAGGGAGAGGGACCAGGAGAAGGCCAGGGAGAGGGACCAGGAGGAGACUAGGGAGAGGGACCAGGAGAAGGCCAGGGAGAGGGUCCAGGAGAAGACCAGAGAGAGGGACCAGGAGAAGACCAGGGAGAGGGACCAGGCGAAGACUAGGGAGAGGGGCCAGGAGGAGACUAGGGAGAGGGACCAGGAGAAGACCAGAGAGAGGGACCAGGAGAAGGCCAGGGAGAGGGACCAGGAGAAGGCCAGGAAGAGGGGCCAGGAGAAGGCCAGGGAAAGGGACCAGGAGAAGACCCCCACAGCCAGCAAGUUUGAGCUCCGGCUGAGGGAGCAGGCUGUGAAGGAGCAGGAGAGGGCCCUGAAGGAGAGAGAGGAGCGUCUGGAGAGGCGAGAGCAGGAGCUGUGUGUGCGCGAGCGGUUUUGCGACCACAAACUGGAACGAGCGGAGUCUUUGCUGAGGACCUACAGCUGCCUGCACCAGCUGCGAGAGCUCUCUCCUCUGUGUCCUCAGAACACAGAUCUGACGGACACUUCGCCGAGUAAGAAGAAAGUGCAUUUCGCUGCAGAGAGUAAGGAGAACAUGAGGCCACACGAGCUGCUGAGGCGGAGGCCCCAGACCAGGACCCAGACCCAGACCCACACCCUGAGUGACAUGGACCAAGUCUUCCAGGGCAAGAUCAGGCCCCUCCUUGGCCUGCGAUGA